GACAACUUAUCGUAGUUUUAGUUCGAAGAAAAUGUCAAUGUUAGAUUUCAGUUGUCAUCCCAACUGUUGUAUAUAAACCAUGCUAUAAAAUAAGGUCUAAGACACUGACGUUUUAAUUUAUGACAACUAAAUAGUAAUAGUAGUGUUGGUCUUUAUUAAUUAUUCACAAAUAAAGAGAAGGAAAAGAGAACUAGUAUUCCUAUCUAUAUUUGUAUUUACUUCUAUAUCUUCAUUGCAACUUUAGUGGAAAAUGCCGGCAGUCGUAGUAAGCGGCUCUGGUGAGAAUCAAGAAUUUGAAGGCAGGAUAACAGUGUAUGUCAUAGUUUGUGUGGUCAUAGCAGCCUCUGGAGGCUUGAUGUUUGGAUAUGAUAUUGGCAUUUCAGGUGGAGUAACAUCCAUGGAUGAUUUCUUAAAAAAAUUCUUUCCAGCUGUGUUUGAAAAGAAACAUCAUGCACUUGAAAACAAUUACUGCAAAUACGAUAACCAAUUCCUCCAGUUGUUCACGUCUUGCUUGUACCUUGCUGCUUUAAUAGCUAGUUUUGUUGCUUCAAAGGUGUGCUCAAAAUAUGGUAGGAAACUCACCAUGCAGAUUGCUUCAAUUUUUUUCAUAAUAGGCGUGAUUUUGACUGCUGGAGGUAUCAACAUCGAAAUGAUAAUUUUUGGGAGAAUUUUUCUCGGCUUUGGUGUUGGGUUUGCCAAUCAAGCGGUACCACUCUUCUUAUCGGAGAUAGCUCCACCUAAUCUUCGUGGAGCACUCAACAUAAGUUUCCAGCUCUUCAUUACAAUUGGAAUUUUGGUAUCCAAUCUGAUAAACUACUUUACAGCAAAUGUCCAUCCUCAUGGAUGGAGAAUUUCUCUUGGCAUUGCUGGUGUCCCUGCUUUGAUGCUUUGUUUGGGAUCUAUACUCAUUUGUGAGACUCCAACUAGCCUUAUUGAACGUCACAAAGUUGAGGAAGGAAGGAAAGUUCUGAGGAAGAUUCGUGGUGUCGAAAAUGUUGAUGACGAGUUUGAUUCAAUUAUACAUGCAUGUGAGAUGGCAAAGCAAGUAAAGGACCCUUUCCGCAAACUAAUGAAGCCAGUCAGCCGACCCCAACUAGUAAUUUCCAUCUGUUUGCAAAUUUUCCAGCAGUUUACUGGAAUCAACGCUAUAAUGUUCUACGCUCCUGUUCUGUUCCAGACGGUGGGAUUUGGGAAUGAUGCUGCAUUGCUUUCAUCUGUUAUUACUGGCCUUGUCAAUGUGUUUAGUACUGUAGUUUCAAUAUAUGUAGUAGAUAGGGCUGGCAGGAGAAUUCUGCUACUUGAAGCUUGUGUCCAAAUGUUCAUUUCUCAGGUUAUUAUUGGCAUAAUCCUUUUCAAAGAAUUAAAAACCACAGGUGACAAUCUUUCCAAAGGAGAGGCAAUCUUUGUGGUGAUCUUGGUGUGUACCUUUGUCAUGGGCUUUGCCUGGUCAUGGGGACCUCUUGGUUGGUUAAUUCCUAGUGAGAUUUUCCCUCUGGAGACCAGAUCGGCAGGUUUUGCCUUUGCAGUCAGCACCAACAUGCUCUUCACUUUCAUCAUUGGUCAAGCUUUCCUCUCAAUGCUAUGCCAGAUGCAAGCUGGAAUCUUUUUCUUCUUUGCUGCCUGGGUUAUCAUAAUGGGAGCCUUCACAUGGUUCUUGUUGCCUGAGACCAAAGGUGUCCCUGUUGAUGCUAUGGUUGACAAAGUCUGGAAACAGCACUGGUUCUGGCGUUCUUUCAUGGUCGAGGAUGACAGGCCCGAUGUCAAGGUUGUUUGAUCCAACAACAAUGAAGUUCCUAGUCGUGUUUCAUUCUUUUUUCAUGUAAAAUUUACUGCUGGACACCACGCUAGCUAUUGGGCUCACUACAGGAUCGAUCGUGACUACUUUUGUUAUUGGGUUGAGCUUUCGGUAUUUUAUUAUGGAAAUAAAUGAGAAAGAACAUUCUCACAUUGUUUCUAGCUUAUAAGAGAUGGUCUGUUCUUCUAAUCAUAUGGGAUCUGAAUUAGAUUGCUUAAAGCGUCAUACCAUUAUAACGAUUUAAAUUUAUUAUUCUCACAUCUAGUUCAAGACUACUUAAUCUUGUCAUUUACUUUUUUGAAA